UAGAAAAAUAAAGGAUACUCUUGUAAGGGAUAAAAAAGAUACUUUGCCAUUGGGGGGCCAUUCGCUCUCUCUUUCUCUCUGUGUCUGAUGUGUGUGUGUGUGUGUAUGUGUGUGUUAGUGUUUGACAGGGUCGUGCAUGUGUGUGUCUGUGUGUGUGUGUGUGUGUGUGUGUACAGUGUGGGGUGGGUGCACUGCGAGUGACCAAAAGCAAUCUGCUCUGGUCCAAUCAGUCUCAGUGCCUACCUUCACACAUAAGCGGCAGGGCACUCAGGUCUGCCACAGCGCACAGACCUACACAUACACACACAUACACACACACACAUAUACACACCUUUCACACACUAAACACACCAACCCUCCCUCUUCAAGGCACCCUGCGCGACCUCUCACCAUUGGCCAAGUCCCGGAGCCCUCAGCAUCUCCAUCACGGCUGAAGGGACCAUUCGGGAAAGCAGGAGACAGAGGUGGACUAUGAGGAUGCUGGUGCGGCUCGUGUUGGGACUCUUUGUCCUCAAAGCGGUGGUGGCCAGCCCCAGAUUUUCCCGACAAGUGGACUUGGACUCAUACGACAGCGCCAACUACGAUGCGGAUCUAGACAAUUUAAAUUCCGAGAACCAGGAUAUCUACGACUAUGACGAUGGGCUGACGAUUGAUGAUCCUCAGAUAGAGAUUGGAACACUGGCCCCACCCGACUAUAACUACCCUGUACCCGAAGCCUCGUUGGAAGAACAAGAACAAGAAGAGGAGGAGGAGGAGGAGGAGGAAGAGAUGCCCCUGAAACCCCAGCUCAUCCCUCAGGGUUCAGGGGGCUCAGGGGUUCUCAUGGGCCCAGACACACAGAAAGAGGUGGAGCUGCGUCUGACGCCCAUUGACAUCCUUCAUGUAUCCGGGGAUUUUGGGGGCUCCGUAGGAUCUGGGGCCUCGGGAGCUUCUGGGGUUUCUGGGUCUGGAGGCUCGGGAGACCUACUGGUCUCUGGUGCAUCUGGGGGUUCUGGUGACAUUGUCCUGAUCUCCGGUGAUUCUGUGGAGCUCCUCAGCUCUGGGGGAUCUGGGGAGUUCUUGCUAUCUGGGGAUCUAUUGAUAUCUGGGGAUAUGUCAGGAUCAGGCUCUGGGGAUCUUGGCUCCGGAGGAAUUUCCAUUGAUCUGGGCUCUGGAGGGUCUGGUGACCAGUCUGGUUCUGGGUUCUCUGGAGAUAUCUUGAUCUCAGGAGCCUCUGGAAGCUCUGGGGUUUCUGGGGAUGAGUCCGGUGACUCAGGGAUAACACUGAUAUCCGGAGAGGAGGAGCUCAAACCAGAGACUAUCCCCAGCGAGGCAUCAGGUGCUUCUGGGGAGUUCUCAGGAGCUUCAGGAACCUCCGGGUUCUCUGGAGCUUCUGGGGCUUCUGGUGUCUCUGGCUCUGGAGACACAGAGGUUCCUACGGUAACUCUGGUCCCUGACAUUGAUAAAGAGGAGGGGCUGCUUCCGACCACACCAGAAACCCCUCAGGAGGGUGCUGGCACUGUAGAAGGGUCAGUGGGCUCUGGAUUGACACCAGACACUGGUGAACCUGAUGAGCCUGUGAUUGACAGGAAAGGUAUGCCCACUUGCUUGCUGUGCACGUGCCUUGGUGGUUCGGUCUACUGUGAUGACUUGAAGCUGGAUAGUGUGCCACCUCUUCCCAAAGACACCACUCACUUCUACGCCCGCUACAACAGAAUCACCAAGAUCAACAAGUCCGACUUCGCCUUCCUGAACAAGCUGAAGAGGAUCGACUUAACCGCCAACGAGAUAACGUCCGUCGAUGACAAAGCGUUUAUGGCUCUGCCCGAGCUGGAGGAGCUGGUGAUUCGAGAAAAUCACAUCUCGCAGCUGCCUGCCCUCCCAGAGACCAUGACCCUCAUUGACGCCAGCCAAAACAACAUCGGCACCAAGGGCAUUCACAACGAGGCGUUCAAGGAUAUGACGAGCCUGCUGUACCUGUACCUAACAGACAACCACGUUGAUUACAUCCCUGUGCCUCUGCCAGACAGCCUGCGAUCUCUACACCUACAGCGUAACAAUAUUCAAAUGAUGCACGAGGACACGUUCUGCAACCUGAAAGAUUUCAACUACAUCAGGAACGCACUGGAGGACAUCCGUCUGGACGGCAACCCCAUCAACCUCAGCAGGACCCCGCAGGCUUACGUCUGCCUGCCCCGUAUACCCAUCGGGGAUCUCAUCUAACCACACAGACACAUAUUACCUACACUCUUGCACACUGACUCACAACCACAUGCACACAUCUUUUGUACAUAUUGACACACACACAGCCACACACUUAGACAUGCAUCCCAAUUUUUUUUCACCUCCUCUUAGUACAGUAACGUAUUUCAAAAAUGCUGCUGAUGAAUACUACGGAUCAUUAAAACUCUGUGUGGAGAUUUAUGUUACGUAAACAUCCACAAACACAAAUUACGAGUCAGAUUCUGGUGAUAAAGCACAUAUAAACUGGUCUUCUGCAACUCUUUCCUGUUUUUCAGAUAUUAAUGCCAGGUGCAACACAGCGACACACGCAU